AUGGUGGAUAUCGUCGCUAACGCGGACGAGCCCGGACCAACCAGGCGUCAAUUCCUCGAACUCCUGACGGAAGCCGACGCCGCCCAAAGCUUAGCUCAUUCUACAAAAGCCACUUACCGCUCAGGUCUUUCCUCUUUUUUAAAAUUUUGCAUAAAAUCGAAAACACCACCUAUCCCGACUGUCGACAACCUAUGCCAAUAUAUUUCAGACGCUGCGCGCUCAAUUUCACUUCGUACCAAUAAACCACUAGCCCCCAACUCUAUCCAAGGAUACCUCACGGCGAUCGCAGCUGCUUACGAGCACCUUUACCCGGAUAUACGUCUAGCUACCAACUCACCUCGCGCGGGUGGUAAAGGGGUGCCUCAUGCAAAUGUCUCAUGCGCCCGGCCCUGA